AUGACACGCUCGAAGCUUUCUGCUGUGCAUCGUGUGUACCCCUGCGGGUUUGCCUUGUUCGUAUUGUUAGACUUUACGAAGAAAAACAUGGAAAAGUUUUUUCUCAAAACCAAUGUUUGCAAAAAGUGUGGGGAAAAGUCCCGAACAGUAGCAACUAGCAUGUUUUCCCCUGAUACCAAAAUGCAUAGCCAUCCCAUGUGUAUUUAUAUAUGAAAGGCGUUGUGAUCAUCGUGGCAUGCAUUUUCAACCAUGAAAAUUGUCAAGUAGGCAUACCUAGCUAGGCCUUCUGUUAACCGAACCAAAGAGCAAGGAACAGACUUGUCCUGAACAGGCCAAGGUCACAAUCGUCAGUUCGUUGCCAUGGAGAUUGAGGACCAACCAAUCACAGAAGUGGCAGCUGUGCCAGUGGUCAGCAUGGCUUCUGGAAAUGACCAGGAGGUCAUUGGGAUGUUACUUGCCCAGCAGGCAGAAAACGAAGAAGGGGAUCUGGAAAUAGAACAGCCAAGUACAUCUGAGGCGGAGUCUUCAGUUCUACCGACAGGUACCAUAACGUCCACGGUGGGAGACGCCAACACUCUGAGCUUUGGCGAUGGACAAAGUCUACAUGUGCAGGCUGUGCAGUUCUCCGAUGGGUCGACCGCAAUCAUACAGCAGAAAGAUCUUGUGGACGGUCAGACGGUGCAACUUGCAGAUGGUUCCACGGCUUACAUCCAACAAAUUCCAUCACCCGAGAAGACGUCAAGUUUUGAGGAUGGUCAAGCGGUGCAGCUAGAGGACGGCUCCACGGCCUACAUCCUAAGGACACAGCCCAAAGGUCAGAAUUUGCAAGCUGUUCAACUCGAGGACGGGACAACUGCCUUUAUCCAGACACAAAUGCCAGAGGGGUUUCCUGACCAGUCACAAGGAUUUUCCAGCACGGACGAUGCCGUUGAUCCCUCUACCCUCAAUGUUCUGGAUCAGUUCACCAAUCAGCAGAUUGAAACCGACGCCUGCAGUUCUCAGGAUCAGCUCCCUAAAGUGAGGAAGCCGGGCCUCAUGUCAAACACCAAGACCUACAACCUCGUCAAUUCCGGAAUGGUGGAAGGCUCCUGCUCCAAAGGCUACAGGUGUCGUUACAAUGGAUGCGGUCGAAUGUACACAACAGCACACCAUCUUAAGGUCCAUGAGCGGUCCCACUCUGGUGAGAAGCCCUACAAGUGUGAGGUGCAGGGCUGUGGUAAGGCGUUUGCCUCAGGCUACGGCUUGAAAAGCCACACUCGCGUCCACACCGGUGAGAAGCCUUACCGCUGUCCUGAGGAGAUGUGCACCAGGGCCUUCAAGACAUCCGGGGACCUGCAAAAGCACGUGCGGACUCACACAGGAGAGCGACCCUUCAAGUGCCCAUUUGAAGGCUGUGACAAGUGCUUCACUACGUCCAACAUCCGGAAGGUCCACAUUCGCACGCAUACCGGGGAACGACCCUACAUCUGCGAUGAACCUCAGUGCGGUCGAGCCUUUGCCAGCGCCACCAAUUACAAGAACCACAUGAGGAUCCACACAGGUGAGAAGCCCUACGUUUGCACCGUGGCCGGUUGCGGUAAGCGUUUCACCGAGUACUCCAGCCUAUACAAGCACCACGUUGUCCACACCCAUUCCAAGCCCUACAUCUGUUGCCACUGCGGCAAGAAUUACCGGCAGACCUCCACGUUGGCCAUGCACAAGCGCACGGCACACGGGGACGUCGAGGACGGCGAAGAAAUGGAAGAUCAGGCGCAGUUUUUCACCACACACACAGUUGCUGAUGCAGGCCCAGAAAUUGUUGGUGGUCCCGUGCCAACGUCAAUCAGUAAACGACCAACUGUUCAGUAUGAUAUCCCCACUGUGACUAGCGAGGGCGCUACAUUGAGCACCGACAAUAUCGUCAUCCAUGCCUCAGGCACCAGCCUACUUCAGCAGGCAGCAGCGGCUAAUGUCAGCAUGUCUCAGAUCAGCGACAUUGUCGGCUCCUCCAGCCAAGUCACCAUGGUAACCAGUGUGGACCCAGAGGUUGCCAUGGCAGCCAUCAAGGCAGCAGCCGAGGAGACGGCCCUGCAGGUGGUGACAGGCGAUGCCCAGGGACUAACUGAGGACCAGAGACAACAGCUGCAAGAUGCCAUUGUUGCUGUCAAUGUCCAGGAGACGCCGGAAGGAGUGAGCAUGGAAAAUGUAGUCACUGCAGUCGAAACUGACACCGCCAUGGCCUCGCUGGAGUCAUAGAUUGUGUUAUCAGAGGGAGUGUGUGGUAAGGUUGGAAGAGCCCUGACUGUGCUGUGUCCAGAAUGGGUGCAGUCUCGUAUGGUGGAUGUUUGCCUCGUAUGUACCAGAAGGGUUUUGACAGUACAGAGCAGCGACGGGGGUUUAGCCACGUCAUUCACCACAGGCGAAGACCCCUACUUGGUUCCUGACAUGCCCUUGUAUAUGCACAAUGUGAUCUGUGAAACUUCUUUCAAAGAAACACUCGGUGUCACUCGUAUAACAGACUGCUGCUGUCUGUCCAUUCAGUCAGAAAAUAUGUUGGGUAAAUUCAAGCCUGCGAGCAGAGUCCACAUGCUACUGAGUAGCAUUCCGAAAACAUGAACGAGUUUCAAGUCAAGAUGAACACCCCUACUCGUGGAUGGUACCAAGAAAGAAAAGACUUGUUUUGUGUCCUGUUAGCACAACUUUAAACUCCACUGUGUUUCGGACUGAGUUUUGUACUUAUUUUUGGAAGUCUUUUGGGGAAUUAUUCUGAAUAACUCCCACUUUGCUUUCUGUAAAUGAUUGCAAGCUUUAAGAUGCAAACUGUAGAGGAGAUGAUUCUAAACUAAUGCCUAUGUCUUACGUCAAGUCAUGACUAAUGCUACACCACCCUGAAAAAUGACAUUGUAAAUAACAAAAGUUGUUUAAUUUUUCAAUUUAUUUCUAUUGGAACAAAAGGUGUUUAAUUUUUGGAUGUAUUUGUAUGGAACAGCCAUGUUUACUUGCACCAUGAACAUGAGUUUGUGAAUUAUUAAAAUUUUCCAUACCUGCAACAUUCUGCAGACAGACAUACGAGCGAUUGCCGUGUCAAGUUUUCAAGAUGUCUAUACACGUUCACUGCAUUAUUCUAAUUCUCACAAGCCUGAAGAUAAGUAAUGUGCAGUUAACUUCCAUGAACAUUAAAAUUCCUCUACAUAUUUGUUCGUCAAAAUUUUCUUUGUGGUGUCAAUUUCCAAUUAAUUUGUUGCAAACAAGUUAAUUUAUGAUUUACAAGCAAAUCUGGCAGCCAUCAAUUUUCCUGGGAAUUAACUCAAUGUAUUUCGUUUCGUUUCUUCAGGAAACAUUCUGAAGUUGGGUGUAAAUAAACAUCAGAUCUAUUGAUUUUAA